AUGCAAGACGAUCAACAAUUUAAUAUAAAAUUUGUAGGCCUUGUAGAGGCUCAUCCUUGUCUUUAUGACAGUACUCGGGAAGAAUAUCAUAUGAGCCAUUUGCAAGAGCGAGCCUGGGCCAAAACUGCUAAGGACAUUGGAGAAGGAGCUACCAUCACAGAAUGCAAAAAUAGAUGGAAGAAUCUACGAGGAAGCUACACCAAACAUCUGAAGAAAUAUGUACCAUCUGGAUCUGGCGUAUCAGUAAAACGACCCUACUAUCUAGCAGAACAUAUAGGUUUCAUUUUACCCUUCACAAAGUCACGCCAAGCUAAGGGAAACAUUGCUUCCCCAAGCAAUACAGAAAGCUGUUCAAGCAAUACAUUUAAUGAACAAUUUUCUACUCAAGAUGUUUUAACCGAAGAGUUGUCACAAAAAUCUGGAGGAGAAGAAGAAGAAGAGAGAGAAUAA